GAACUCCCCUCUGUCGACAAAUGAAAAUAAGGAAGUGUUUGGACCUGUGAAAGACAUGCUGUGCAUUUUCUCAAGCUUUAAUAGCAUCAAAACCGAACUUUAAAAACAUUUUCCUUAAAUGUUUACAUUCAUUCCGGUGGAGGAAAGAAUUUAUCCAGUUUCGGGAACUUCGGGAACAUGUUGUGCAGUGCUGUGAAUUGAGUGAAACGCAUGACUCCUUGGAUUAAUGUGCUCAAAAACGCAGUGCAUCACAAUGAAGGCCACAUGGUGUGCUGAAUUUCUAAUCAUUAUAAUUUCACUUUUAUUUCACAAAGGCACAUGCUCCCAGAGUAUUGAGGCUGUUACUGCCUUAAUAAACCAGCCAGUGAUUCUCUCCUGUAAAACCAGCAGCUGUGAGAAUGUAGUAUGGAGCAUGAAAUUCCCAACAGAGGCAACUAUUGCCAAGUGCCAUACACAGACAUGCACUUUUGAGGAAGGUUUUCAGGGAAAAUUCACAAACAACAAAGAAAAGUUGGUUCUCAUCUCAGCAAAAUACAGUAACCUUGGGUUCUAUGAGUGUGUCUGUGAUGGGAUCAAACAUUUAGUUAAAUUAGACAUUUUGUUUGCUCUAAAAGUGACAGCAGCCGAGUCGGAAAUCAUCACCCUUCAUUGUUAUGCGAACAAUGCAAAGGAUGUGACUUGGAUGCAUGAUGAUAAAAGAGUUCUGCACUACACAAUUAGUGGAUCCAGAGACUUUGAAAGUAGAGUAUCAGUGGAAGAGGACUGCUUCAAAAACGCCGACCUCUCUUUAACAAUCACUGGUGUUUGCAAGACAGAUGCCGGACUGUACCGCUGCUUUGCCAAUGAUGAAGCUAUUAAAGGAUACCCACACGCUUAUAUGCUAUAUGUGAAUGGGAAACAGUCUAGUCCAGGAGGAAACCAUACGGAGUGCAACUCCAAUGUUGCAGAAGAUCUGAUCAUUUAUAAAUGGGUCACCGUAGGCCUUGUCAUAAUCUUGGCUCUUUUAAUCGUUAUUAUACUCUAUAAGCUAUAUUGUAUCAAAAGUGAAAGUCAACCAACAUCAACUACAGACAGUCAGCCUAUACAGGAGCCUAUGUAUUCUCACCGUCUACUGGCAUGUUAUCAUCAUGUGACUUCACCAUCUGCAGAUGAUCAGUCAACAACACAAAUGGUCACUCAACCUGUUCAGGAGAGUCAGAAUGGCAUUACUGAUAAUAACCUCAAGCUUUCCAAUACCAAACCUUUUUAAUCUGCCAGAAUGAGAUCCUGGCAUCUUAUUCUUUUAUAUUUGCAUUUUGGUCUGAACUAGGUAUGUGCCAGUGUGGUCGACUAAUCGACUAGUUGAUUAGCGGGGUCAACUACUAACAUGAAUAUUUUAGUGGUGCUGGUUUUAAAGGGUUAGUUCACCCAAAAAUGAUAAUUCUCUCAUGCUCUACUCACUUUUAAGCCAUCCCAGAUGUGUAUGACUUUCCUUCCUCAGCAGAACCGAAAUGAAGAUU